GGCCGGAUGUGCCUCGCUUCCGGGGGUUGAGGCCGUGGAAGAUCUUUUAAUUCGGUCUUACAGCAAGAGAGCGCAAUUGAUCUUGGUGAGGAUAGGCUAUUUUUGUAGCGGUGGGACUGGUGAUUGCUGACAGCUCUUCCUAGCAGAUCCAGUUGCAUGGCCUUAGAGACAGUAGUUCUACAGAGAAUGGGUCCAGAGAGGAUCUGUCCAAAUGAGCACGAGGACCUGGGGCUUCAAGAACCAUCUGAUGGAACUCUUGAUCCUAUUAGCGAAUGGAGUAGUGAAGAACCAGAGGAGGAGGAGGAAGAGGGUAUCAAUAAUGGCUAUGUAUACCAGCCACUGAACCAAGAACCAGAUCAGGGAUCAACAACACAUGAAUUAACAGCAACUAGCACAGAACCAGCUCUUGACAUCAAUCAACGACUUCAGGCAAUGAGACUACAUCUGCCUGACCCACCCAUCGAAAGCGAUAAUGAGGAUGAUGAGAGACUUGUAGCUCAAAGCAGUCACAGCUCAAUCCCCAUGGAUCCAGAACAUGUGGAAUUAGUGAAAAGGACCAUGGCUGGAGUCAAGCUCCCUAUGCUGAGCAUUCCUGCAUGGGCCAAUGAGAUAUCGGAUGAGCAAUGGCAGGCUAUGGUUCAACGAACACUGCAAGACAGACAAAGUCAAAAUGGCUUUAAGCCAGAAUGGAAAUAAAGAGUCCCAGUGAGCUUCUUGCCUACAAAGAAAACAGCUAAGCUGGAGCUAAUCUACUUUAAACUAUCUUUCUUUAAAGUGAUUAAAUAGUUAUCUCAUCUUUCUCCAGCACUGAACCUAUCAAUUCAUCUGAUAAACUGCAAAUAAUUCACCAGUUGUCUACAGUACUUAGUUAUAAAUGCUUAGUUGUGGUGACCGUGAGGCUGUUUUAUUAAUCCUCAGAAAAAGAAAAAAGUGUUUUGGAUAUGUGUUUAGUCUGUUUUUUUCUCCUCUUCCCCACUACCUAUUGUGACACAUGGGCUAAAGAGCUAAAUGUGGCCAUGAGGUGCAGUCCAGUGUAUCAUCUUUUCAAGAGAUCCAUUUUAUUUAGUUCUGUACAUACAGGGACAUCUGUACAAAAUCCAACACUGUCGUACUAUGUAAUACUCUACUGAAAAUAAAGUACACCAUAUGUACAUAAUGAAUUGUAAAGCAGCUUAAUACUUGUGUCCAGGAAGUGAAUGUAUCAUUUAGUUGCUUCCCACCCUCUUGAGAAGGGCUGUAUAAGAUACAAAAGAGGCAGCUCCAUCCCUAUCCAUGUAAUAGUAAGGGAAGGAAAAAGCUGAAAUAGGGACAAACGCAGGGGGUUUAAGUAGAGCUAGAUUAAGGUAGAGCAUAACUGGAAGUUGUGUAGCUGAGGUGCUCAUUUGGCUUGAAGUGUGAUUUUUUUUUUUACCUCUUUACAUAUAGCUUCUCCGAUAGUUAGAUAUAUAGGACACUCAAAUGAACUGGCAGCAAACUAAAUUUUAAUAUUAGGUCCCAAACACAAGUUCCCUGAUCCCAAAGAAAGAUUAGACAAAGCCUAUAUUUACAUCUAAGUGUACAGCGUAUGAUGCUCAAUUACAGCCCUGCUUCACCUAUGCAAAACUGUAACAGGCAUAGAAGUGCUGUGUAGCAUACAUGUGCGUAAUGAAGGAUACUUUCCUAUGGUCCUUCUCAUUUACAGAGCCCAACCUUGAGGGGAAACAGAUAAGCAGACAACCACAUGUUGGUGUUAAGGAGCUCCAAAUUUUCUUUUGUUCCUUCCACAGCUAAA